CAGCCAAGAUGGCGCCGGCGGCGGCCGCGGCUACCUAAGCGGAAUGCUCCCGGUCCUUGGCGGCAGCGGUGGCGGAUGUGGCCUCGGCAGGGGGCUCAGGUCUGUCCUGGGCGUGAGUGCUCACGCGCCUCUCCUCCGGCCGGGUUAACCCAAAGAGGAGACGGCCACGAAGAGAGGAGGCAGUGAGGAACGGAGAGAGAGCGCGGCGACCCCCGCUUCGGCACCAUGGCUGGGCUCAUCAAGAAACAGAUCCUGAAGCACCUCUCCAGCGAUCCCUGCUGGCUGUGGUGGAGAUUGGUGUGCUGUGAAUUUCAUAAUCACCCAAAUGAGUACCAGAGGAGUCUAAGAAACCCUGGCAACUGACUACUUGCUUUCACCACGGGUAGGGACCUUUUGUCUGAAUUUCCUGCCCUCAGGACAAGGUGAAUAAUUCAAGAAAUGCAUAUUCGCUGAUGAAGUUUUAAAACAAUGUCCCAGGGAGGGGCUGUUAUCUGAAUACAAAGAAUUGUGGAAGAAGAUUUACCAAAAAUUUAUCUCCUGACAAGAUAAAUCUAAGUACCCUUAAAGGAGAAGGUGAACUGAAGAAUUUGGAGUUGGAUGAAGAGGUGCUCCAGAAUAUGUUGGAUUUGCCAACAUGGCUUGCUAUCAACAAAGUUUUUUGUAAUAAAGCAUCUAUUAGGAUACCAUGGACAAAACUGAAAACACAUCCCAUCUGUUUGUCCUUGGAUAAAGUAAUAAUGGAAAUGAGUACAUGUGAAGAACCACGAACCCCAAAUGGCCCAUCACCAAUUGCAACUGCUUCAGGACAAAGUGAAUACGGCUUUGCUGAAAAAGUAGUUGAGGGAAUUACUGUUUCUGUAAAUUCCAUUGUCAUCCGCAUUGGAGCAAAAGCCUUCAAUGCAUCCUUUGAACUUUCCCAGCUACGGAUCUAUAGUGUAAAUGCGAACUGGGAACAUGGAGAUUUAAGAUUUGCUCGUAUUCAGGAUCCACAGAGAGGAGAGGUUUUGACCUUUAAGGAAAUAAAUUGGCAGAUGAUUCGAAUAGAGGCAGAUGCUACCCAAAGCUCACAUCUUGAAAUUAUGUGUGCUCCUGUUCGAUUAAUAACCAACCAAUCAAAAAUCAGAGUCACACUUAAAAGAAGAUUAAAGGAUUGCAAUGUCAUUGCAACAAAGUUAGUUCUAAUGCUGGAUGACUUAUUAUGGGUUUUAACGGAUUCCCAGUUGAAGGCUAUGGUACAAUAUGCAAAAUCUCUUAGUGAAGCAAUAGAAAAAUCAACAGACCAAAGGAAGAGUAUGGCUCCUGAACCUACACAGAGCUCUACAGUAGCCCCAUCUACCCAGCAAGUGAAGACACCACAGACUUCAAAUGCUCCUGAUCUAAAUGAUGCAAGUGUGAAACUAUUCAAUGACUUUGAUGUUAAAGAAACCUCCCAUCAUUUAGUGAUUUCUCAUCUAGAUCUACACAUAUGUGAUGAUAUUCAUGCUAAAGAAAAAGAGUCAAACAGACGUAUUACUGGAGGGGCUAUGCAACUGUCUUUUACACAGCUAACUAUAGAUUAUUAUCCUUAUCACAAAGCAGGAGAUAGUUGUAAUCAUUGGAUGUAUUUUAGUGAUGCAACGAAAAUAAAAAAUGGUUGGGCCAACGAGUUGUUACAUGAAUUUGAGUGCAACGUUGAAAUGCUUAAACAGGCUGUAAAGGAUCAUGAUGUAGGUUCACCUCCUAAAUCCCCAACACAUGCCUCUCCCCAGCACACACAAACAGAGAAAGACUCAACUCUGAAAGGGACUUCCAAAACGCCUACAGUGUUACCUCAACAAUCCAAAGUUAAGUUAAUGUCUAGUUCUGUUGUGGUUAGACUUGCAGAUUUCAAUAUAUACCAGGUCUCUACAGCAGAACAAUGUCGUUCUUCCCCCAAAAGUAUGAUUUCUUGCAAUAAAAAAUCCCUGUAUCUUCCACAAGAAAUGUCAGCUGUCUAUAUAGAAUUCACAGAAUAUUACUAUCCAGAUGGAAAGGAUUUUCCAAUUCCAUCUCCCAACCUUUAUAGCCAGCUGAAUGCACUACAGUUUACUGUGGAUGAAAGAAGUAUUCUAUGGUUAAAUCAGUUUCUGUUGGAUUUGAAACAGAGUCUUAAUCAGUUUAUGGCUGUGUACAAGUUGAAUGACAAUUCAAAAUCUGAUGAGCAUGUUGAUAUUCGAGUUGAUGGCUUAAUGCUAAAGUUUGUCAUUCCUUCUGAAAUGAAAUCUGAAUGUCAUCAAGAUCAACCACAUGCAAUUUCUAUUCAGAGUUCAGAAAUGAUUGCUACAAAUACAAGAUACUGUUCAAACUGUCGACAUUCUGAUUUAGAAGCUUUGUUUCAAGACUUCAAAGAUUGUGAUUUUUUCAGUAAAACAUAUACCAGUUUCCCCAAAUCUGGUGACAGUUUUAAUCUUCUGCAUCCAAUCUUCCAGAGACAUGCUCAUGAACAAGAUACCAAACUGCAUGAAGUUUAUAAAGGAAAUGUUACUCCUAAGUUGAAUAAAUACACUCUUAAAACUUCUGCUGCCACGGAUGUUUGGGCUGUGUACUUUUCUCAAUUUUGGAUAGAUUAUGAAGGGAUGAAAAGUGGAAAAGGACGACCAAUAAAUUUUGUAGAUUCUUUCCCUCUUUCCAUCUGGAUUUGUCAACCAAAAAGGUAUGCAUUGUCACAAAAAUUGCUGCAGACUUGUAAUCAAAUAUCUCUAAAUACCUCACAAAGUGAGUCUAGUGAUCUGACUGGCCGAUGGAAGCGGAAAAAGCUCUUGAAGGAGUAUUAUAGUACAGAGUCUGAUCCCUUGACAAAUGGUAGUCAGAAACCUUCAGAUACAUUUUUAAGAUUUUCCUCUUCAUCAUCAGAUGCAGAUAUUCAUGUCCUGGUUCACAUUCAUAAACAUGUCAGUAUGCAGAUCAAUCACUACCAGUAUCUGCUCCUGCUUUUCCUCCAUGAGUCACUUAUUUUGCUUUCAGAGAAUUUAAGGAAAGAUGUAGAAGCUGUGACUGGCAAUCCAGCUAGUCAGACAUCCAUUUGCAUUGGAAUUUUACUUAAAAGUGCGGAAGUGGCUCUUUUGCUUCAUCCAGUAGAUAAAGCAAAUAGUCUUAAGUCUCCUGUUUCUGAAAGUGUGAGUCCAGUGGUUCCUGAUUAUUUGCCUACAGAAAGUGGAGAAUUUUUGUCUUCAAAAAGAAAACAAGUUAAUAGUGGUAUAAAACAAAUUAGAAGUGUAACUGUUAAUCAUAUGUCAGACAACAGAUCUAUGAGUAUUGACCUUAGCCAUGUCCCUUUGAAGGAUUCUUUGCUUUUUAAAUCAGCUAGUGAUACAAAUCUGCAGAAAGGUAUUUCUUUUGUGGAUUAUUUAUCAGAUAAAAAUUUAGGGAAAAUAAGCGAAGAUGAAAGUAGUGGAAUUGUUUGCAAAAGUGGCUCAGGAGAAAUUGGAUCAGAAACAAGUGGCAAAAAGGAUUCGUCUUAUACAGAUUCAAAUAGUGUCUUAAACUACAGAGAAGACUCAAGUAUCCUGUCAGUUGAUAAUGGUGGUAAUCAGAACAUGCUUUCAAAUAGUUUAACUAGUAAAGGAAAUGAAACCAUAGAGUCAAUCUUUAAAGCUGAAGAUUUGCUUCCAGAAACAGUUUCACUCUCUGAGAACAUGGAAAUCAGUAAAGAAGAAGCACCCACAGUCAGAACACUUACAUCACAGUCAUCUUUAAGUAGAAAGCCUAAGGAACGUUGCCCACCCAACAUGGCUCCACUCUCUGUUUCUUACAAGAACAUGAGAAGAAGCCCCUCACAAACCUCACUGGACACCAUUUCACUUGACAGCAUGAUAUUGGAAGAACAGUUGUUAGAAAGUGAUGGAAGUGAUAGUCAUAUAUUUUUGGAAAAAGGUAUUAAAAAGAACUCAACUACAAAUUACCAGAGCCCAGCAGAUCGGGCAGAUGCCAGUGAAAACCUACAGAAUUAUGGUGAAACCUCUCCAGAUGCCAUCAGUACCAAUUCAGAGGGUGCUCAAGAAAAUCAUGACGACCUGAUGUCAGUUGUGGUGUUUAAAAUUAUUGGUGUUAAUGGAGAAAUUGACAUCCGAGGGGAAGAUAUGGAAAUCUGUCUUCAAGUAGACCAAGUGACACCAGAUCAGUUAGGCAAUAUCAGUCUACGGCAUUACCUUUGUAAUCGUCCAGUAGGUUCAGAUCAUAAAGCUGUAAUUCAUUCUAAAUCCUCUCCUGAGAUUACUCUGAGAUUUGAAAGUGGGCCUGGUGCUGUAAUACACUCUUUGCUUGCAGAAAAGAAUGGCUUUCUGCAGUGCCAUAUAGAAAACUUUAGCACUGAGUUUCUUAUAUCUUCUCUUAUGAAUAUUCAACAUUUUUUGGAAGAUGAAACUGUUGCAACAGUGAUGCCAAUGAAGAUACAAGUUUCUAACACAAAAAUAAAUUUAAAAGAUGACAGUCCUCGUAGUAAUACAGUAUCCUUUGAACCAGCUCCUGUAACUGUUCAUAUUGAUCAUCUUGUGGUAGAGAGAAAUGAUGAUGGCUCUUUUCAUAUCAGAGAUUCUCAGAUGCUUAACACUAGAAAUGAUUUGAAAGAAGAUGUCGAAAGUGAUUCAGUGCUGCUUACCAGUGGAAAGUGUGAUCUGAAAAAACAACACAGUGUCACUCAAGCCACUCAGACGAGCCCAGAGGUUCCUUGGCCUUCUCAGUCAGUCAACUUUCCUGAGUGCUCCUUUGACUUUACUAGGGAACAGCUCAUGGAAGAGAAUGAAUCUCUUAAACAGGAAUUGGCUAAAGCUAAAACAGCUCUUGCAGAAGCUCACUUGGAAAAAGAUGCUCUUCUCCAUCAUAUAAAGAAGAUGACAGUUGAAUAGCAGGAGUGGCAGUCAGAAACUCAAAUUAUAGCUCUGGAGUAUGGUGGUUAUAUUUAUAAUGUGAUGUUUCCAGUUAGUGGAAGACUUUCCUUUUCAUGAAAAGACAAUAAAAUGAAAUAGAAUGUGAUGAAGUGGUGACUAUUCCAAAGCCAGUUUAGAAAAUACUAGGUACGGGCAUUACAAUCUUUUGGUUGUUUUGUGUUUUGGGGUUUAAACCCUCUUUUAAACUGGUGUGAUAUAAGGAAGUCAAUGCAUACUGUAAAAUAAUUACCUGCCUAAUGAAAAGAAGAUGUCAUUUCCUAAUUUUGAUAUUACAUUAUAGGCAUUUUUUAAAAAGAAAAGUUAAAAUCUAUGUGUUCCCACUAUUUAUCACUAUUUGUUAAUAAUUUACUAUUAUUUACAAAGAUUCAGAUGCUUUUAGGGCUAAUGUAAAAUAAAAGGAGGCUUACAUUUUAAAUGUUAUUAAAAUUAUGUACUUAAAUCUAUAUUUAAUUACUGUAAAAAAAAGUCCAAUCAAAUUAAUAAAUAUCUAAUGGCUCGGUUUGAAAAUUCUAGAAAAUCAUCACCCUACUGCACUUAUGAAGUAACUUGAAAAUGUGAAAAAGAAUCAUUUUAAGUGAUGGGUAAACUGUGUAAGUUGAAGCUAUAAUUUUCAACAAAGAAGAUGGCACAAAUGUUAAAAUAAAAAGCAUAAACUGUAAAAAAGCAAGACAUUAGAGUAUAUGGCCAACUGAUUUAAAAAGCAUUAUUUGUACAUUCCUUUAAACAUUUAUUGUUAGAAGUAAAAGAGUAAUUUAACUAUCCUACUAAAUUUAGCAUUUGUAACUGUAAGAAUUUUAACUAAUACUAUUUAUAUUAGUUCUUUACCUUCAUCUUUCCUUUAUUUAAGGAAGGGAAUGUUUUCAGAGAAUUUUCUUUUCACAUACAUAAAACAAUUUCAUACCAUUCCUGUAGUAUCACAACAGGUGGAUGUUUGCACAUGUCAAAUUUAUAAUGCUAGUUUUGAUUAAAGUUCUGUAUGACUUAUAUAUUAUCUUCUAUAAUAAGAAAAACUGGUAAAUUUUGAAUUCUAUUUUCUAGGGAUUGUUAAGUUUGAAAGCAACAUGAGAGAGAAUCUCAAUCAUGCAUUAUGAAAUAAAAGUUUAUGAGUAUUUAAGAAACAGAGGCUUUUAACAAUUUGAAAUAUAUUUCUGAUAGAAUUAAACUAAGUGGGGUCUAUUUUAAAAUUCACAUUCUUAAACAUAAAUAUAUCCAAGAUAGAACAUGAACUAGCUGGACUGCUCUUUCUUUAAGAUACUUGAAAUUUUUCAACCACGUUCGGACACUUUAUGGUGCUUUGCUUGUUUGGUAUGACUUAUAUAGCCAUCCCUCUAUCUAAGUACUUGGAAGGAAAUACAUCUUUCAUUUUACAUUAAGUGUUGGAGUGAUUUUAGAUUUUAUUGAAAAUGGUACUGGCUUUUUUUUUUUUUUCUAUAAUGUCCAUUUUAACUAACAUUAUUUAAAAUACAGGCCCUGUUUUGGGAGCUAAGGAUACAGCAAAGAACAAGUUAAACUGUUAUUAUUUUACCUCAGAGUGUUUUAAAAAUCCUGAUAAACCAUUUUAAUCUAAGACUAUUAUAUAGUUUUAGAUUAAAAGCAGAGGUCUAAUUAAAUAUUUUAAAUGUAUAGCUUAUAUCCUUAGUAGAAUACUUUUGAUCUGUAGGUAUAUAGUCAACAAAAGCAGUCUCUAUUAUAGAAAACCUGGAUUGAUGGGACAUUAACUUCUUCAGAGCUUGCAGUGUUUCUCAGACUUGAGCUAUUUGCUCUAUAUGAAUUUUAAAUUUAUGAUAUAUUAUAAUUAUUUAGUGUUAUAGAUGCUGAAUGUUUUUCUUAUUUUCAAUUUAUUUGGCUUUCUCAAGAAAAUCAUGUAAACAGUAGAGAUGGUAAUUAAUGUGGAUCUGAACAUUCUGUAUGCUUUGUUAGAUUUUUUAAAAUUUAUAGUGAUUACUAUUUUUAUAGAGAUUUAAAAUUAAUAAAACACUUCCAAAACCAUUAUGUAAUUCCCACAGCAAACCUGGGAGGUAGGUAUUAUUAACAUUUUAAAAGUUAAAUAGAAACCUUAAGGCUCAGAAAGAACAAGUGACUUGACGGAAAUCACAAUAACCUGCUCUUUUUACUUACAUCCCAAUUAUAUGCUUUUAUUUUAUCUUAUUCCUUAUUUCACAGAUUUUUUCCUGAUGUGGGGAAAGGAAUCACUUGUUGGUCUUUUAUCUGUUUUUCUUUUAAACAUAAAUAAUAAUACUUUUAAAGUGUG